AAUUUUUCGGGUUUUAUAGACGAUUUCGAUCAAAUGUCGAAUUUGUCAGUGUUUAGAGAGAGAAUCAAAAGUUAUCACACCAAGUUAUACGAAUAAACUUAUUCAUGACAUUAUUAGGAGUACUGUACAGUACUAAUAAAAGAUAUUAAAUAGAAAAUCUUGGCAUCGUAUGCAAAGAGGAGAGCCCGGCAUAAAUUUGUUAUUUUUUUUCGUAUGGCGCUAUGUUCGGGAGUAGGGACGAAGGCCUAGUUUGGAAGCCUAUUUGGUAGGAUUUCUAAUUGGGCACCCGUUAUUGGUUAGUGAAAAAUACUGUAUAUUUAUUAAAAUGUUGAAAAUUAAAGAACCUAAGUGGCCACCUUGCUUCGGAACGCCAAAAGACACAGGAUAUCAUGAGGAUGUUACACCAAACAGAUAAAUAAUCUGGCAGUGAUAAAUGAUAACACAAGUUUAAUGAAAGUCAGAAUUUGUAUAAAUUACAUCAACUUGUCGUUGAUCUUCGAAAGACAUAAGAUGUGAAAUCAAAAGCACUAGUAAUAACAAGUAUUAUUUGUCCUAAAUUAUAUUAAAAUAUUUCUAAGUAGUUUUCUUUAAAAAAAAACAUAUACAUGACAAAUUGUAGGUCGUUGUUAAAAAUUCAGAGGGGAGCGAGAAAUGUGUUUUAUUACAUGACUGUUUAUUAAUUUAUUAUUAUUGCUAUUAUUUUUCUUGUUUGGGAGUGUAUCCCAAAUACAUCGGGAAAAUAUCUAAACGGAACUGUAAUUUUAAACAAAAUGUUUUGGAAUAUAAAUCUAUUUAGGAAUGAUAGUUUGAAAAAAUUAUAUAAUAAAGGAAUGGCAUUUUUACUUAAUAAUAUUUUUUACAGGUUGGGCACCACUGGGAUAAGUGAACAAUGAUUUGAGUGGUAAUACGGCGGUCACCUUGUGGCCUACUUGAGGUGGUGUUGCAUAGGCGGCCACGGGCAAAACCGGUUUUUUAUGUAAAUCUGGUAUAUUCUCUUUUGAAACAGUGUAUAGUCGAGAUAUUAUAUUUUUUUUUUUUGCCCGACCGUAGAGCAGAGCGCUAGUGUCUACGAGUACAUCACUGUAAAUAAUUAACGAUGUUUUUUUACGUUGGUGUCACUGCUGGAUCACUGAUAUGAACCUAACCUAUCAUUUUUCGGAGAACUUAAUGUCACAUACUCAUUCAGUCCUGAGUAAUAUUUUCUUCAUUUUUACCAUUCCUAAAAACUGUUUCGAAAAAUAUCACCGUCGUCUCUACCCACCAUCAUAAACAACACUGCAGAGGUAAUUGAGUACACGCACGGGCCGCCAUUUUCUUUCGGCUGUCGAUAACGCCGCCACACGAUGUCAGUAGACAAAACCGACGAGAGGAUUACGUACACCUUGCCCAGUUUGUUCAAGUUGGCGUGCCUCGCAUGUACACCGGCCCAGUAUUCCGAGUACAGCACGAAAUACAGAAGACUACAUAUGGACGUGCAGCCUUGUUGCGACCAGCUGAACCGUAUCAUCAAAUUGAAUGCAGGAAUAUUCAACCCGCUCGGCGAUAGGAGAAAUAUGUUCACAAAGGUGAUUGAGCACAGCGACUUUUUAGCCGGCAGGCCAAUGUCAUUGAAUUCGGCCCUCAAACACGGACACAUCGAAUGCCUGAAGAUGGCUAAUGAGUUCGGUUACCGGUUAACAGUGGAAUGUGAAGACUUUGAUGCCAAAGCUUUCUUAUGUUUCCAGACAUUCCAAAUGAGAUGUUACCCGGAUACGUGUUCAGUAGCCGCGAUCCAUGGACAGUUGGCAUGUCUAGAGUACGCCCACCAACAAGGGGUUCCAUGGAAUGAGUUUACGUGCGUUUCGGCCGUUUAUGGCGAUAACCUUGACUGUCUUAAAUACGCUGUCGAAAACGGGUGUGACUUGAGUUCAACGACUAUCGAAGUGGCGGCUUACUGUGGCAACCUAACAAUAUUAAAAUACCUUCAUGGACGGGGAUGCCAGUGGUCCAUAAGAACUUGUAUCGUCGCGGCCCAGGAAAGACAACUGGAAUGUCUAAAGUAUGCGUGGGCCAACGGAUGUCCUUGGGAUGAGUCAAUUUGCACUGAGGCUGUCAUAGCCGAUGACCUUGAAUGUCUUAAAUACGCGGUUGAGAAUGGUUGCCCGUUGUCAGAUGAGCAAAUCAUUUACGCGGGAUUGUAUGGUGACCUAACAAUUUUCAAAUACCUCCACGAAAAUGGUAGUCCGUGGUCCGCAUUUGCGUGUUCCUUCGCCGCCAAGGCUGGAAACAUCGAGUGUUUGAAAUACGCACAUGCCAACGGAUGUCCCUGGGACGUGUUAACCACAGCCAGUGCAGCGUAUCACGGGCAAUUGGAAUGCCUGAAAUUUGCACAUCGAAAUAACUGUCCAUGGAACAAAAGGACAUGCAUCGCAGCAUUGCAGGGUGGUAGCGAAAAGUGUUUAAGUUAUGCGUGGAGAAAUGGCUGUCCGUGGAAGAAAGGGACGUGCCUCAAGGGAUCAGGAGAUGGGCGCAUGGACUGUCUGCUGUCCCAGCCCGACCACGAUUGUAAAUGGGACAGUGAACAAUUUGGUGGUUUAGCAGCCAUUCUACGCAUAACGAGACCAAUCACCACAGAACACAUUGAGUUACUGCUCUACAGGUGUUAGAUGAUAACUCAUAACUGUUGUUGUACUAUACCUUAUAUUUAUGUUAAGUAUAAAAUGUCAAAAAGCAGUCCGAUUAAGUGUUUGUGUAAAUGUAUUUAAAUACUUUUUAAAAUAAUUAUUUGGAGAUUUUUUUAAAAUAUCGUCUUGGACGAUAAUGCAUUAUCGAUGUUAAUAAUUUUCAAAAUUCAAAAAUAAUAUUAUUCA